CCGGCCCGUGCCUAAGGGCGGACGUGGGUGCACGCGGCUGUUGAACGGCUGGGCCGCGCGCCACCCCGCGCCGUUUCUGAGGCGGGGCCGAGGCCCCGCACUGGUCCCGCCCCGCGCCGGCCCGGCUGGCUCCUCAAUACGCGAGGCGCCUUCCCUCGCGACCCGUCGGUCUGCGCAGUGCGGGAGCGCCGGCUACCCCAGGGGCCCCGGCCGACAGCUGAGGAGCGGGUGCUCGCCUGGUAGCUCCUCCAGGGAGCAGUCUUGUCCGCCGCUAGAGCGGCCGCGCAGUAAGACGCUCUGGCAGGCGCCGCGCGCUCCUCUCUGUCGUCAGGCCCGCCUCUCCGGCUGUGUGCGGCACCGCCGCGAGCACAGCGGCUGUAAGCGGUCCGCCAUGAUGAACAGCGGAGGCAUCGGGGUGCCGCUGGGCUUCCCUUUGGGCCCCACCUCUGUCAUCCAGGUCACCAACCUGUCCUCGGCCGUCACCAGUGAGCAGAUGCGGACGCUGUUCGGAUUCCUGGGAGAUAUCGAGGAGCUGCGCCUCUAUCCCCCGGACAACGCACCUCUUGCUUUUUCCUCCAAAGUAUGUUAUAUUAAGUUUCGUGAGGCAUCGAGUGUUGGUGUGGCCCAGCAUCUAACUAACACGGUUUUUAUUGACAGAGCUUUGAUAGUUGUGCCCUGCGCAGAAGGUAAAAUCCCAGAUGAAGCCAAAGCCCUUUCUCUGUUGGCGCCUGCUCCUACCAUGACAAGCUUGAUGCCUGGUGCAGGGUUGCUUCCUAUACCUACACCAACUCCAUUGACUACACUUGGUGUUUCACUUGGCACUUUGGGGGCUAUACCAGCAGCAGCAUUGGACCCUAACAUUACAGCACUGGGAGAAAUACCACAACCGCCAAUUAUGGGGAAUGUGGAUCCAUCCAAAAUUGAUGAAAUCAGGAGAACGGUCUAUGUUGGAAACUUGAAUUCCCAGACAACAACAGCAGAUCAGCUGCUUGAAUUCUUUAAGCAAGUUGGAGAAGUCAAAUUUGUGCGGAUGGCAGGUGAUGAGACUCAGCCAACACGAUUUGCUUUUGUGGAAUUUGCAGACCAAAAUUCUGUACCUCGAGCUCUUGCCUUUAAUGGAGUUAUGUUUGGAGACAGGCCACUGAAAAUAAAUCACUCCAAUAAUGCAAUAGUGAAGCCUCCUGAAAUGACACCACAAGCUGCUGCCAAGGAACUGGAAGAGGUGAUGAAGAGAGUAAGGGAAGCCCAGUCUUUCAUUUCUGCUGCUAUUGAGCCAGAGUCUGGAAAGAGCAGUGAAAGAAAAGGCGGUCGAUCUCGUUCCCAUUCUCGUUCAGAAUCCAGGUCUAGCUCAAAAUCGCGAUCUAGACGGAAAAGGUCACACUCAAAACACAGAAGUAGGUCUGGCAACAGAUCGCUCUCAAGACACAAGGACAGGCGCAGAUCCAGAAGUCCCCCGAAAAAAAGGUCCAGAUCUAGGGAAAGGCAGAAAUCUAGAAGUCGCUCUCGUUCUCGGGACAAGAAAAGAGACAAAGAAAAGGUCAAGGAAAAGGCCAAAGACAAGGAGAAAGAGAGAGAUAGAGACAAGGAAAAGGAGAGGGACAAAGACAGGGAAAGAGAGCGAGAUAAAGAGAGAAACAAAGAGAAGGACAAGGAGAGAGAUAAGGAGCGAAACAAAGAUCGAGAGAGAGUCAGAGAAAAAGACAGGGAUAGGGAUAGAGACAAUGAUAGGGAAAAGGAGAAAGAUAGGGAGAAGGAAAAAGACAGGGAAGAAGUAGACCAGAACAAGGAAAAAGAAGAUAGUGAGAAAGAAGGAGAGAAGGACAGAGAGAAGAUUAAGGGCAAGGAGGGAGAGAAGGACAAAGAUAAAGAUAGAGACAAAGAAAAGGAAAAUGAUGGGGAUAAGGAGAAGGAGCGAGAAAGAGAAAAAGAGAGAGAUGAUAAAAAGAAGAAAGAGAAGAGAUCCAGAACACCCCCAAGAAGCUAUAGCUCUUCAAGAAGAUCUCGAAGCUCUAGCAGAGAAAGGCGUAAAAGGAAGAGUAGAAGUCCCUCCAAGUCUCCUAAAACCUCCAAAACAACAAAAAGAAAGUCUUCACGAUCUCCUUCUCCAAGAAGAAACAAGAAAGAAAAAAAAAGAGAGAGAGAUACAAAUAAUGAAAGAAGAGAAAGAGAACGCUCCACCUCCAAGAAAAAGAGUAGUAAAGAAAAGGAGGGAAAGGAGAAAUCUGACAAAAGCACCACUAAUUUGAAGGACAAAGAUCACACUAAAGAGGAUCAGAAUUCAGAAACUGAGAAAGAAGUGGACAAGAGAGAUACACAAAGGACAGAUGAAGUCAAACUACAACAUAAUGGAAACUGUCAACCAAAUGAAGAAAACCUCUCAAUUAAAAUGGAAGAGGUUUAAAGCAAAGAGUAGACCUCUCAUUCAAAUAAGGAGUGAAAUCCAAAGCUUUUUAUUUCCCAGAAUGAGGAAGAAAAUGUCAAAGCAAUCAACCUGAAUGUGUUGAUAGUACUAGUAGCUCUUCCAAAUCUUGUGAUAGCUUUGUUGUCUUCUUGCCGUAAAGCAAGAAAGCACGGACCAGUAGAUAUACCAUGAAAAGGCAGAUGCUAUCGUAACUCUUCAUCUCCGAAAAUCCAUGCAUUUCCGUGAUGGCUGUACUUACUUGUACAAUGAUUUAUGUUAAGUUUUUGCCAUAAGCUGUUACAAAAAGUAGAAACUGAAAGAUGUAAACCUGUACUACCCAGAAAAAGCUGAAGAUUGUUUAAAAUACUGCUUGUUGUUGAAUUUUGUGUUGUUUUACCUUCUGGGUUAAAAAAUCCACGAAAACUUCAGUGUGAACUGUUUGAUGUGUUUGGAAAUGAUGCAUAAAUAUACACACUUUCUUUGAUGUAAAUUACAUAAGAAAAGGGUUUAUAAACAUAAACACAGUUUUGCAUUUCUUAUGUUAAAUACUGACUGACUAGUAUGUUUUUAAUUUGCUCACUGCUUGAGAUUCUUGGAGUUUAUUAUUUAAAAGAAUUUCUUACUAAUAUCUCUAAAAUUAGUACUUCUAAUUUUUCUUCUUAAAGUGUUUGAACAAUGCAUGCAACUUUUCUGUCCCUAAAAGGAACAUCGCCAUGCUAUAGAUAAUAGGUUAGCUUUUGGGUUAUGUUGGAGUUGUUUUGUUUCCUUUUCUUUUGUCCUCCCAGAAUUGAGCACAUCUGUCUGGUAUUGUCAGAACCUAGAGCUUUGUUUUGAGCUGUACUGCAAUGUGUCUGUUCAGCUGCAAAUAGUACAGGUGACAUUACGAAAAUAUUUUUUUUCUUAUUUGUCUAAAAAAUAUGGGAGCACAAGCAGAAGCUUUAGUGCCUUCUUAAAAUGUGGUAUUUUCUAGAAAUAUGGAUGUGCUAUUACUCAUUUUCAGCUAAAUCUUACAUGAUCUCUAUUGCUAUUUUGCUACCACCAUACUGUAGACAAGAAUGCAAGUGAUUUGUCAGGGCAAUUGUUUGAUUCAUUUGUUAAAAUACUAAAGCUUCAUUUUUUUGUUUGUUUGUUUUUAGAAGAGAUUUAUAGAUGAAAGCAAAGAUGCAAUUUGGGGACCACCACUGUACAAAAGUAGUAGCUGAAUACAAAGCAUUUUCUGAUCACCUGCAUCAAAGACAGCCUUUUAGACAUUUAGUCUAUAUUUGGAUGGCCUUAAUUGUUACCUCUGUCAUCUUCUCUGAAACCUGUUGGGUGAUAUAAAAGGAAUUGUAUGCAAAGAAAUGGGGAUAAAUAAUUUUAUGGAAAAAGUUCCAAUUUACACAAUUGUUCUGUGGUAGAGAUUCUGUUUUCAUUCUUUGGAGAGAAGGUAUGCCAGGAGACAAAAGCAAAUAUUUUUGCCAAGGUAAAACAUGGCUUAUGUUCUCUGAAUUAAUUUAAUUUGCUACUUGAGGUUUCUGAAGAGUCAUAACUUUAAAAAUCAGUUAUACCUAAAAUUGAGUAGAUUAUUUUCAAUACAACUUAAUACAAUCAAAUUACUUAAUUGCCUUACCUCAUGGGAAGAGCUAUUUCUUUCAAUUAAAAACCCCCAUCUUAAUAGUGCAUUAGCUGUUUGCUUUCAUUUUGGUUUUCUUUGCAUAAUUCUUCCCCCCCCCCCCCCCCCCAAAAAAAAAAAAAAAAAAAGAGGCAUCUUACAGGGAAAGAAAAAUUUGCCCAAUUCCUAAGGUAAUGAAACCCAGUUUGAUUGUGAAGCUGCUUAAGACACUUCACUUUCAAUAAGAUUUAAUGUUCUUGCCACUGUGUACAUUUAAGACUAUAGAAAAUGCUUUACUAUGUAAAGUAUAGACAGUCAUUUUUGCGAUGUUUAAGCCACAUGCUGUUGGCAGGUAAACAGCAUAUUCUGAUAAAAGGAUGACAAAUCUGUAUGCUUGUAGGAAGACUGUGAAGGAUUGUGUCUUGGAACAACAACAACUGUCUUAUUUAUGAUGUGUAAGUAGCAUAGAGCUAAGAGAUUGUUUGUAUACUUGUUAUCUUUGGUACCAUUUCACUAAUAAAAUCGAGUAUUUUAGAGGGAAGUUUCUGCUGGUACAUGCUUAUUAAAGGUAUAUUUUUAGUUUAUCUGGUCUUAUGCACACAACAUCUUCAAUUUGAAAUGUGGAUACCAGUGAAAAUUCUGCAUAUAUUAUUUUAGUAUCUUUAAAAAACUUAAGUUUAUCCUUUGGGAGGAGUUAAAAUUCUUGCACUGUAUUAUGUUUCAGCUGAUAGUAGUUUGAUUUCUUGAGUUGUGUUAUCCUGAAAUUACAUAGCUCUGUUACAUAUCAGGUACAGAAUAUGUAGAGGAUUGUGUACAGUUAGAUAAGAAACAUGCUUUUGGAAAUUAAUAGUUAAGGGUAGCAGCCUUACUGGCCAACUUUUCACAUGUGUUAAGUCCAUGUGCAGCACAUUGUUAUAUUGCAUGUGAAUUAAUGUUUCCCUUACUAAAAGCAGGGUUUUUUUCAAGGCAAGAGAACCCCCAAAACAACCAAUCGCAAAUACAUACAUUUAAUCGCCACUUUGUCAUAUUUUCUUACGAAUGCUGUAUUUUCUGGUUUUGCUUCGUAAAUACUGUGCAGUUACGUGAGCUAGUUCUGUCUAUUUGUAUUAAGGGUUUUACAGUUCCCCUCUUCCUGAAAAGUCACUAUUACUCUCUAAAACACCUGCCUCUGGAGUGAGCAGCUCAUUUUAAAACCAGUAGUGUAGCACAGUAAUGAAGGUCCUGCUUACUUCUAUAGGUUAUGUGCAUCAUUCAUGAAGUGUGUCCAUCUUCCAUUGGAAGUCCAUUGCCUUCAUCAAGUUUGCAUGCUGAGCUACCAUGUCAGAUUGUUGGGCUUUACACUUUAUAAAUGAGAUUAAAUUGAGUGGAAGUUUUGAGAACAGUGUGGUUCAUAGAAGCUGUAUUGUUUUAAUUGUAAUUUCAUUUGAGACAGCUUUUAUUUGGAAAUGUCUCACCAUUGCUCAGAGUAGUGAUAAUAUGGUGUAAUUUUGCUAAGACCAUGUAAAGCACAUAUGCUUAAGCUUCCAUUAGUGACCACAAUUAUUUCACAGCUGUGUUCUAUGGAUAACAGGAUUUUUCUUUGGAUUUUGAAAGAAAAAAGUAGCAGAAGAAAACUACUGGUGGAUGAAACAGCUGAUUCCAAGCUCAAGAUAGAGGUGGCUGUGACUUAGUUAAAUUCCUUUGAGUCAAUAGGUUCACACAGAUGUGAGAGAAGAGGGGAAAAAAGUAUUUCAGUUGGAAACCAAAAAGAGGUAAAGAAUUAGUGAGAAAUCGGUGAGAUGUGGGUUCUGCCUACUCGUUAGUCACCUGCUGAGUAGAGUUGGAUGUUGCACUUAGAGAAAUAGUCUAGGGGUUGGUAGGGCUGAGACAGGCUGGACUCCAAGGUCUCUUCCAGCUGAAAUGAUUCUAUGACUUUUUUGACGGCAUCUUCAAAUAGAUCCAUCAGAACUAGCUUUGCAUUAACUGGCCAACAGCAGCAACCUGUGCACAGGUUGGGUUCUGAAAUGAGCUGCAGCCCCUGAGCGUGUUCCCUGUGCUGCAUGUACGGUAUGUUCUGUAGUCUGUAGCAUGCUCUGCAUUGUUUGCUAGUGUUCUCUCCUGGUUACAUCUAAGGCAAUACCAGAAAUUACUGUGAAGCUCUGCAGUCUGUUACAUGGUAGCUUCUCUGGUGGUUUUAGCUUGUGCUGGUAUUGAUUGUGUAAUAGUAGAUUUAGGGAUUUCUGUGGUUUUCUUUUGGUCCAAGGAAGAGAGAAUAAGCAAAGGCUGCUUUUUAUGAUGCAAUUUAUUGUGUGCUUCAUAACUGCCCCUAUUACUGUGGGGUUUUUUUUCAUUUAUGUAUAUGACUGUUGCAAGCAGUAAUGUCUGAAUGAUGUGUCUGGCGCAUCUCUGCAUUACUGUCUUUUGUUAGUUUGUACUGAAACAAAAUUAAUCUCCAUGUGUAUUGAUUAUGUCAGCCAUUCUCUUAGGAGGUUAAAAGACCAAGAUAAUCUUGAAUUUCAUAAGUGUUGUUGUGAAAAUUGCAUUAUAAAGGUAAAACAGUCCUAAAGAUCAGAAUUUUGAACAAUGACUUGCAAACUGGGACGUGUUAUGGAUCGUGCCUGCCACUUUGUCGUACUUUCACUUUUAUAGCAGUUAAUUAUUGUCCUCAGUGUUGUCAUAAUUUUAAAAGAGAGAAUUGGACUUAAGGAUAUGAAUGUUGGGAAUCUGUAAAUGGCUAAAACAAUGUAAAUUAGUAGGUAUGUAGUUCAGAGAGAUGUGGUUUUCUCACCAGAGACUGGAGCGUGAACAGUUGAAAUUUGUAGAUAAUGUUGUGUUACUACCUAAAAAGAAUAUAAAACUUAAUGUAGUUUACUAAUAUGUAAGCUGAAAAAAAGGUUUUCGGCCUGUACCUUAGGUUUAUUUUUAUAUGUUGGAAAGCCUAAUUAAAAUGUUAAUGAAAACUAAAAGCAGUGGACAAAAAGGACUUUUUUUGUGUGAGAGAAAUACACUUUUAUUUCUAUUUAAUUUUGAACUUUUAAAACAAGUCUUUUCCUUGUGGUGUUUAUUUCAAAUUUGAGAGUGCUUAAUUUGUAAGUAAGAGCUAUUGCAGGAUCUGAGCAUAUUAGUAUGGGGGUGUCUUCUCUGUUCUCUUCAGUAUAAAACAACUUAAUAAACUUGCCUGACAAUCUGUGGA